AUGACAGAACUCAGUAUCCUUGAUCAAACUCCAACUCACCAAAUUUCCCGUUCAGCUGACCAUGAUCCUGCUAGUCAACAUGGAAAUGAAAUAGAACCCACCCGAAUCAUCACCGAGCCCGAAAUCGUACAUCCAGAGGGAAUCAAACUCUGGCUCAUCAUGCUCUCAGUAACAGCCGUUCUCAUCUUGAGCAGCGUGGAUAUGAAUAUAGUAGCAACUGCAGUCCCGAGCAUAACAGAUCAUUUCCACACUGUAGCACACGUCGGGUGGUACUCAUCCGCCUUUAGACUCUGUGUUUGCGCAUUCCAAUUCAUAUUUGGAAAGGCGUACAAACUAUUCUCCGUGAAGCGCGUGUUCCUGCUCGCCAAUGCUAUAUCUAUAGCAGGAUCGAUGCUGUCUGGUUCUGCUGCUACGUCUACUAUGCUUGUUACGGGUCGGGCCGUUUCUGGCCUUGGUGCUGCAGGUUUGUUCGCAGGCUGUUUUGUCAUCGUGGUGCAGUCGACGCCUUUGCGUCAAAGACCCUUGUUUUUGGGUAUGAUGGGCGCGGCUGAAGGUCUUGCGACGAUUGCGGCGCCGCUCCUUGGUGGUGCUCUCCAGUUGUUGAGUUGGCGAUGGUGUUUCUAUAUCAACGCACCAAUCGGAUUGAUCGCGUUCGUGGCCUCCAUGCUCUGCUUGUCAGACAUGCAGAAGCCUAUUGAGAUUGCUCGGUUGACUCUCAAAGAAAAGGUCGCCCAGCUCGAUCUGAUUAGUAACGUGCUACUUCUCCCAGCGCUCACGAGCCUCUUCCUCGGGUUUUCCUGGGCCGGCACAAAGUAUUCAUGGACGAGCGGUGAGGUAAUUGGACCCCUAGCUACAUUUGCCGUUCUCUCGAUCGCGUUCAUCCUGAAUCAGACCCGUAACGGCGAGACCGCUGCCCUCCCUCCUCGCUUGAUGAAGCAUCGCAGUGUCAUAGCUGGCUUCAUCUUCAUGUUCUGCAUCAACAGUACCGGUGUAGUACUCGAGUACUACCUUCCUACCUACUAUCAGCUCGUGCGUGGAUACACACCUGUGAAGAGUGGCUACAUGAUACUUCCCAUUAUCAUCGCAGCAACUAUAGGAUCACUGAUACAUGGAGCUGGCACGAGCGUAUUUGGAUAUUACACGCCAUUCAUGAUUCUGGCUUCGGUAAUCAUGCCGAUAGCGAUUGGCCUCAUCACAACGUUCGAAAUAGACACAAGCUUGGAACGACUCGUUUCUUACACAGCAUUGUCGGGAUUGGCCUAUGGGAUAGGUUUCAUUGGUCCCCAAACAGCUGUGCAGACUGUUUUGCCUGCUGAGGAUGUUCCCCUUGGGUUAUCUAUCAUGCUAUUCACACAAUCCUUUGGUCCAGCUGUAACAGUUCCCAUUGCGCAAGUGAUCUUUACGAACCAACUAUCGACCAACCUGGAAGGUCUUGCACCGAGCUUGAGUCAACGGAAUAUCAGCAACAGUGGACUCACCGAAUUGAUAGCAAGUGUGCCAGCUUCGGACGCGACGGCAGUACUUAUUGCUGUUAAUAAGAGUCUCAGUCAGACUUGGUACUUCAUCACAGGAUUGGCCUCGAUAGCAAUUGUGGGAAGUUUGUCCACUAAAUGGCAAUCUGUUAAGAAGUGA